AUGUACUUUGAUGACAUUUCCGCCCAGUUAAGACCUUUGGAAGACUUCAAAGUAGGCAAUCCUUCGAAGAACAUAUACCAGCUGAGCAUAUAUACCCAACUCUCAACCUUCUCUAGAUCAUCAUUUUUUGCAUUAGAUGAACUUCAUUUAAUUGCAAGAGGGAUUAAAAAGCUUGUGUAUGACCUGAUUACCAUCACCUUCACAAAGGAAAUCAAAUUUUAUUAUACCCAUCCAGACAAUACCCUCAAUACCACCGAAUACCCUUUUCAUAUACCAAGAGCAGACCUUGUAACAAUUGGAAACUGCAGAUUUGACAACGUAUUUGCCAAGAUCGAUGGUACUUGUGCAGUUGACUGGCUUGACUUUCUCUUAUACCUUGUUCCCACUUUGGUCGUGUCUUAUUUACCAAAUAGGGCUGUCAAAACAGCUCUAUUAUCUCUUGUGAAAGGCUGUGCGCUUGCCUUGCAAUGGACGUUGACAUCAGAAUUGCUUGAUGAGAUAGAGUCAUAA